UACAUUUAUCGACAAUAAAAGCAGAAAACGAGAAUCAUUAUCAUCAAAUCUCAUAUCAAUUCAUCCCACUACAUCCAGCCAUUAUGUCGUGUUAUAUCUCAGUAAUUCUUCCUAUACGCAGAGCUAGGCACCGCAACACGACCCCCAUUUGCCUUUCGUUGCUCUCGCAUCUGACGUCGCAAGUCUUUGUUGUAUUCGGGCGUUUUCAUAUACUCGGAUUUGCGACGGGCUGUCCAUCCUUGGCCGUCGUCGAUAUAUCCCCACCAGUAGGGAUCGUGAUCGGUGUCUUUGCUGGAUCCGAAGCACAUUUUUGCUGACUUAGUGUGAGUGGCGGAUACAUGAAGCGGUGGACGUAACUUACCAAGUAAUUGUGGAAGUGGUGAUGAGUAUAUAGAAUAUUCACCGUUU